AUGGCCACAAUCUCAGCCGUCGGCUCUCUUCCUAAGCAUUUUCCGGCCAAAUUCCCCACCGCAGGCCCACCGUCGUCGCCAUUAUUUCUAAACCUGAACAUUUCGUGUCGAUGUUCCUUCGAAUCAUCAAGCUCGUUUGAACCAAAGGGAUUCUCGGAGCGUAGGCCGCCUAUUGGUCGGAGAGAGGUUGUGAUGUCUUCGAUUGGAUUAAUGGCAGCGGCAAAUUUCGAUGCUCCUAGGGGUGAAGUUUCCACUGCGUCUGAAUACGCCGACAUGCCUGCAUUACGGGGAAAGGAUUAUGGGAAGUCAAAGAUGCGGUACCCUGAUUACACUGAAACAAUUUCAGGUCUUCAAUAUAAGGAUUUACGGAUGGGUAAUGGCCCCACUCCGAAGAUAGGUGAAACUGUAGUGGUUGACUGGGAUGGCUACACUAUCGGAUAUUACGGCAGGAUAUUUGAAGCUCGUAACAAAACAAAGGGUGGCUCCUUUGAGGGAGAUGACAAAGACUUCUACAAAUUCCGAUUAGGUUCGCAAGAGGUUAUUCCUGCAUUCGAAGAAGCAGUGUCAGGCAUGGCUCUUGGUGGUAUACGAAGGAUAAUUGUCCCCCCGGAACUAGGAUAUCCUGAGAAUGAUUUCAACAGGAAAGGUCCAAGGCCAACAACAUUUUCGGGUCAAAGAGCACUGGAUUUUGUAUUGAGGAAUCAAGGGUUGAUUGAUAAAACUCUCCUCUUUGAUAUUGAGCUCCUAAAGAUUGUCCCAAAUGGAAGAAGCUAA